UUGUGUAAAGAGAAAAUUAUCAUACGAUUCAAAAUGGCGGAAAAAGGGAGUGGGAAUAUGGAAAAUAACAGUUCCGAUGAUGCAGUUUCUGGACGAAUAGAGCAGGUACUGUGUCAGCCAUGUUCAAGUAAUGAUAAACAAACAGUAGCUGAUGUGUUUUGUUCAACAUGUGACGAGUUUCAGUGUACAGAAUGUUCAAACGUACAUACAACGCACGCGUUCUUGAGAAAUCACAAGCUAGUGAAAGCAAAAGAGGUGAAAACGAAACAAAUUGCGUUUGAUAUGAAGGGAUUAGACCAAUGUGAUGAGCAUCAUAAAGUUUUAGAAUUCUUCUGUGAAGAUGAUAAUCAGCUUUGCUGCAGCACCUGUGCUAUUGUGGAUCACCGGAAAUGCCACAGUGUCGUAGAAAUACAGACGAUGGCAGAAAGAUCUGCAUCAACAAGUUCCAAAUUAAAGAUCAAGUUGCAGGAAGUAAGAGAGAAGGCUGAAAAGAUUGUGAAAGAUGCCAAGUCAUCAAAAGAGCAACUGGAUCAAGAUGUUAAAGAAGUGUCUUUAAAAGUAAGACGAAUGCGGGAUGAUGUAAUGAAAAUGUUUGACGAUUUAGAAGUAUCCGUUACUAAGGACGCUGAAUCAUUUAAGACAGAAACACUCGAUAAGCUGACCAAAAAGCAGUCUGACAAUGAGAAACAUAUUGCUGAUGCAACAAAAUCUCUGGAAACAGUUGAUAACGUUCAUCAGAAUGGGACGCCAUCACAACAGUUUAUACUGGAACUUAGAAUGAAGAGGCAAGUCGAUGAACUUAGCAGCAACGUUGACAAGGAAUGUCAAAGGUUAGAGUCCGUGGUCGUUUCUUUUGAUUUUGAUGAAACAUUGAAAUUACCCCCACUUUCGAUUUCUGAUUGCGUUCCAGGACAGCUGACAUUAAAAUACUCCGUACCUGAAACUGUAAAACCUUUAAUACCUUUAGAUCCAAUUGUUAGAUUAACGAUGAUUACUUCCAUUGAUCUGAAGCAGACUGGAGAUGAUGUCGAGAAACCGUUAUACUCAGGACUGGAUUUCCUGCCGGAUGGUAGACUGAUUGCCGUAGAUAAUCAAAACAAGAAAUGUUUGAUUUACAAUGAGAAGCUUGAGAAAGUAGGAUCAUAUCAGUUAUCGUAUAUACCACUUAGUGUAGUUGUUAUAUCUGAGGAGGAAGUUGCGAUAACAAGUGGUCGUAUAGACUUUCUACGUGUCAGUAAAUCUAAUGAGAUAACUUUGAUCAGGACAUGUAAAGUAACGACAGUGUAUGAGUCUAUAUGUAUGAAAGACGAGGGAAACUUUGUUGUUGGAACUUACGAUGAUACAAGGCCUGUUCGUAUUGUGUCUCUGUCAGGAGAAGAGAAAGAUUUCAGUAUCAACUUUCCAAACAAGAAAUAUCCUAUAGACACUAGUGCUUGUACAUAUAUUAGAAACAGUGACAAAGUGGUUCUCACCGAUAGGUACGAGCAUACUGUCUACAUAUAUGACAUCAAGAGCAACACCAGGGUUGUUGUCAAAGACGACCAGAUUAACGAACCAUAUGGUGUAGCAGUUGGUCCAUCCGACUGUAUCCUGGUUUGCAGUAAAGGAACAAAUUCCAUUGUACAGAUCUCUCAAACAGGUCGGAUCCUGUCAUCGUACAAGUUAGAUAUGAAACUCCCCUACAGUGUCUGUGUUUCGAAGAACAAAUCACUUCUUGCUGUCUCAAGUAACAUGAAUGGUGAAACAAAGUUGCAGCUGUUACAAGUAACAUACUAAAUCCGAUGGCAUUCUAUACUCCGUCAUAACUAGAUAUUUUUGUUCAAAAAGAAAUUAAUCAGCUUUAUAUUUGCCAAGAGAAAGGCAUGAUUACUGUAAUCGAAUGAUUUUAACAAUACUAAAUUAGAUUGUGCACUAGUAUAUAUCAAAAUUUAUUGGAGUACAAACGCGUUUUACUUUGAUCGUAAAAGUGUUUAAAAGCUAAAACUCUCAUUGAACUAUAUAUAGGAAAUGUAAAAUAGUUUUAUAUGUAACUUGCAGUCAAGUAGAUAUUCAUCUGUUUGUCCAUUAAUAACAUACUUUAUAUAUGUCUUAUGAUAAGUACUGUGCUAUUAUUUGUAUCAUUGAUUAGUUGUAAUGAUAAUGAUUUAGAAUAUUAUAUAGACUUGACUGUACGUGUCUUUCUUCUGAUUUAAGAAAACAUUUGCAAGAAUUUUUUGUUCAAUGGUCGACCAGUUAAUCAAGGUAGUUCUGCACGUUUGACAAAAAAGAAGUCAUGGCGUAACGUCAUUUGUCCGUAAAAGGUAGAAU